GCAGACGGCCCACCCUGCUGCGUACCACAGAAGAAGAAGCUGUGUUGUUUUGCUCAGACGUCACCGUCCGUCCUGGAGAACCGGGAUGCUGCUCCGCUGAUGUCCUCCGGGAGAACCGCGGACUGUGUCGGUGAAGUCGGUGGAAGAUCCGCUCAGCGCGGCGCGGGGAGCUGCGUGACCGGCCGAGGAGCCUCUGGAGGCGGACACAGCGCCACUCAUUCCGCGGUGAGGCAGCAGCAGGUGAAGCAGCAGCAGGUGAAGCAGCAGCAGGUGAAGCAGCAGCAGGCUGCGCUGUGACCUGCGGGGGGCGCUGCGGCACCAUGAGCGGCGCGGCGCUCGGCCUGGAGAUCGUCCUGGUCUUCUUCUUGGCUCUCUUCCUGCUGCAUCGCUACGGAGACUUCCGGAAGCAGCAGCGCAUGGUUCUGUUCGGCACGCUGCUGGCCUGGUACCUGUGCUUCCUCAUCGUCUUCAUCCUGCCGCUGGACGUCAGCACGACCAUCUACAGGCAGUGCAUCGAAGACCAUGAGGAACACCUUCCUGUGUCCACCGUCAGCCCGACCAACCGGACCGGGCCCAGUGGGCCCAACCCGGCCAACACCAGCAUGGUUCCGACCAGAAGGACCGUCCGGUCGCCGUGCCACCGGCCCUGGAGCUUCAUCCCUGAAGGCAUCAUGCCCGUGUUCUGGAGGGUGGUGUACUGGACCUCUCAGUGCCUCACCUGGCUGCUGCUGCCCUUCAUGCAGUCGUACGCUCGCUCCGGAGGGUUCUCCAUCACCGGGAAGAUCAAGACGGCGCUCAUUGAGAACGCCAUCUACUACGGCACCUACCUGCUGAUCUUCGGCUCGCUGCUCAUCUACGUGGCGGUUCAUCCCGACUGGCCUCUGUCCCACCUGUCCUGGUACGAGCUGCAGACCAUCGGCAUCACGGCGGCCAACACGUGGGGCCUGUUCCUGCUGGUGCUGUUGCUAGGAUACGGCCUGGUGGAAAUCCCGCGCUCCUACUGGAACGCCUCGCGCCACGGACACCUGCUGAUGAAGACCUACUUCAAGGCCUCCAAGCUGAUGACGGAGAAGGCGGACGCCGAGGAGAACCUGGAGGACAUGAUGGAGGAGGUGAGGAAGGUCAGCGAGUCCAUCAAGUAUAACCAUCCGCUGAGGAAAUGCAUCGACACCAUCCUGAGGAAGUGUCCCGUGGACUACCAGGAGAAGAUGGGUCGGAACAUGGACGAUUACGAAGACUUUGACGACAAGCAGAACUCCUACCCGACCGAGAAGAGUCUGGUCAAGCUGCACAAGCAGGUGAUCUACGCCGUGCAGAGGCACAACCGGACCCGGGUCCAGUGGCAGAUCCUGCUGCAGCAGGCCGUCCACCUGGAGGACGUGGCCAAGAACGAGACCAGUCUCAGCCACCAGUUCGUCCACAGCUUCCAGUCCGCCGAGCCGCCGGGCCGCUUCAGCCGCUACGUCUACACCCCGACCGUAGAGUGGUACUGGGAAUGCCUCCUGAAGCGCUGGUUCUACCGGCUGGUGUCGGUGGUUCUGACCCUGUUCAGCGUGGCCGUGGUCUGGUCCGAGUGCACGUUCUUCAGCACCCGACCCGUCCUGUCGCUGUUCGCCGUCUUCAUCCAGCUGGCAGAGAGAGAGUACAACUACCUGUACAUCGAGAUGGCGUGCUUCAUCACCAUCUUCUUCCUCUGCACCUGCGUUUACUCCACCGUGUUCCGGAUCCGGGUCUUUAACUAUUACUACCUGGCCUCCCACCACCAGACCGACGCCUACAGCCUGCAGUUCAGCGGCAUGCUGUUCUGCCGUCUCACUCCUCCUCUCUGCCUGAACUUCCUGGGUCUGAUCCAUAUGGACUCGGCCAUCUCUCACCAGCAGAAGCUGCCCACGGCCUACACCUCGAUCAUGGGCUCGAUGCGCGUUCUGUCCUUCAUCGCCAACGGUUUCUACAUCUACUACCCCAUGCUGAUCGUCAUCCUCUGCAUCGCCACCUACUUCAGUCUGGGAACGCGCUGCCUGAACCUCCUGGGCUUCCAGCAGUUCAUGGACGACAGCGAGAUGACCUCUGACCUCAUCGACGAGGGAAAGGAGCUGAUCCGACGCGAGAGGAGGAAGAGACAGAGGAUCGAAGACGGAGAGAACCGACGGAGAGAGUGGAAGGAGCGCUACGGCAACCAGAGGGAGGACUCGGCUCCGAGGAACCGGACCAGCCACGAGAUGAAGGAGACCAAUUACUCCGAGUCCGGCAGGGACAGACAGGUGAAGUAUUCUCGCUCUGCGGGCCGGGCGGAGAGGGACCGGGUCGAGCUGCUGCAGGACGCCGAACCGCUGGACUUCAACGCCGACGCCCUGACAGACGACGGCCUGGAGGCCGAGGCCGGCAGGCAUGCAGGCGGACGCUAUCUCUCCAUGUCUUCAUCUCGGAAUCGGAUAUUUGACGACGUUUAGUGUCUCGGCUGCAGCUCCCCUCACACCAUGCAUGCUAGCGACCAGCGCCGUCUGACCUCUGACCCAGAGGUCAGCAUUCUGAAGGAUUUUUCUGGUUAUGUAUGAAUGAUGAUCAAGGUUAUAUUAUACUGUAUUUAUAUUUUAUUUGCCCCCCAUGUUGGUGUUGUGAGUUAAUUUCGUAGUGAAAACCUGAAUGAUUAGAAAUGAUUGUAAAUAAUUUGCACUGACCUGAAAUGUCUGAACUGCUGACUGGACUCACUGUGCUCCUCACAUUAAACGGUAACUGGAAGGAUUUUGUUGUUUCAAUGUGUAAAAACUAAAGUUAUCACUUGAAAAUCAAUCGCUCUCCUCACUGGCAGCUUCUUCCAUUCAUCUCACCUGAAGUUCAGGUAAAACUAAAACUGAUUUCAGAAGUCUGUACAACUCCUGGUUAACUCAGAAUACUGUUUUAUUUCAGUCUCACUGUUUUAUUUCAGUCUCACUGCUUUGUUCAUUCGUUUGUAGCCUGGGAUUCAAACGGGCCGAUCAGUCGGCCCUGAGGGACUCCAGGUUUCUGCUUUAAACAAGAAGACUUUUCAGAGUAAGAACUGGUUCCUUCUGCUUCAGGAAGAACAAACAGAACGCUGCUGAUGAAGGAAAACAGUCAUCGCUGUUGUGAAUAAAGGUGUAUAUAAUGUGUUUUUCUAUUAUCUGGGUUAAUUGAUCGUGUGGCGUGUUUGUGGCUCCAGAUCCUGGUUUUCCUGGUUUUCCUGGUUUUCCUGGUGAGGUGAACUCUGGACUGUUUCUCACUUUGGUCUCUGAAGCUUCAGUUGUAAACACAAAUGUUCAGUUUCCUCUAAGUGUGAAAAUAAAAACUGGUUCAUGCUGAAAAGA